CCUUGUUCUCAACGGUGACGACCUUGAGGAUACGGAUGCUGCGGAAACGAGCACGGUGACGAGCAGCCAUGUCUUGGUACAUACCCUCGACAGCGCCAACACGGGUGGUGUCGCGGAACUCCUUAUACAUGUUGUGAGUACCAGAGCGAGAGUCAUAACGAAUCCAGAUACCAAAAACCUUAGGUUGAAGAGGCUUAGGUUCGUGAAUUUGGUUAAUGGCAACAAUCUCACCGGUGGCCUUCUUGACCUUGUUAAUCAUCUUCAAGAAGUACCAGUAACGAGACUUGGCGACCGAUUCGUUAGGAGCAAACAAACGCAUGCGGAAUAACUUAGGGACAGGUUCCUGCUCAGUUGGGACCUUGCGGCCAACGACUUGAUACUCCUUGAGUGCCAUUUUCCCCAAAUUGGUGUUGUCUACGAAAGUUUUGUUGCUGUGUACAAGGUAUAGUUUGUGACUGCGAAUUGCAACAACGCACUUUACUGAAGUCGUAAGCACUACGGCGUAUAUUCACCACUAUUCUCUACUCUUUGUUUACAUAAUUUUCAUAAAGAAAAUUCAAUAAAAGUUGGUUUUUACGAAAUUGAGGUCGUAGACGCCUUAUAUAUUUCAUCUCGAAUUGUUUUUUUAUUUGUAUAUUAGUGGGGACAGCACAAUCAUUUAAGAUACAUAGUUAUUGUACAGUAAAUUUUGUUCAAAAAAAAGGAUUUAUCAGAGACCACGCCUGCUGUAGCUACUUGCAAUUCAAUGGUUCCUUUGGACUUCUCUGAGAAAACUCCCGCAGUACCUUAUACUUGACUUUAAAGUAGUAGAAAAACAAAAAGCAAGGAUGACAAAUACAUUGCUGCUUAGAGAAUUGGAACAAAGAGGUAUUCCACUACAGGACUCGUGGCUCUUAUUAGUCGUGAACCACCUAGUCCAUCAACGGAAAUAUGUUAGAGAAAACAUAACCGCCGAACUCGUUCUCCCUUUUUUUGUAGCAUCCGAUAUUCGUGCUUCUACAUCUAGUGCAGGUGCUGCACCAUAUGCUAUAUCCGACCAGCAUAAUAUUACACUUUCAAAACCGCUGUUGGUACAAGUGGUCAGAAUUAGGGAAAUUGGGAAAAGUAUCGUAAGCCAGCUUGAGUAUUUGAACCAGCUGGAAGAACGGAAAAAGCUAAAAGGCCAGCAAAUUAUUCGGCAAGUGGAUGAGGAUGAUCAAGAAGAUAAAGAAGGAGAUGACAGCGGUAUUGCUGAGGCGCAAGAAGCCAUAUUCGACGGAAAAGGGUUCAAGUGUAUGUGCCGAUUGGUCUUAGAAGACGCAAACGGACAAAGAUUUUAUGGUAUGGAAUGGAAGCCGAUUCCGGGAAUCCAACUCGACACAGACCUGGGGACAAAGCUCAUCAUUCAGAAUGCCCAGAUAAAGAGGGGAACUCUGCUUCUCACUUCUGAAAAUACAAAGAUAUUAGGAGGAAAGGUUGAUGAGUGGAAUCAUGAAUACUUUCCAAAUAAAUUAAUGGAAGAACUAAAGGAAGAAUUGGAAACGAACAAAAGAAAGGCUUAGGCUUCUGUUUUCACAUUCUGCUGUUUUGCCGAAAUAAGGGUAGGGGAUUUGAAAUUAGACAAAGUAGUAAGUUUUCUCUUUUUUAAUUCCAAGGCUCCCCGGUAGUUUUUUAGUCCGAGCUCACACAUACCUACAUGGUCCAAAUCCGAUUGAGAUAUCCAAAAAAAGUCUUCUUUCGUUUUAGUAUCAGCGGUCACGAUAGCAAAAAAUACAUGGCUUGUUUUUCUUAUAUGACUAAAAAUAUGAAGAUAUCUUCCACGUGAUUGAUGUUUUUUUACACAUAAGUUUUCUUCGUCCAACCAUAUUUUUAGACACCUCUGGAAUUCGGCUUCCAUGUCUUUUGGCCAGGCAUCUUCACCAUAUUCGAUUGUUGGAAAAUCCCAUAAUCCCGCUAAAAGACCUACUGUUGGUCGCUUUCGUAUCAGAAAUAAUUUUUCUUUCGUUUCUGGGUCCGUCUUUUGAAAUAUCACGACUAAGGCUCUUUCUUCCCUUUGCUUUGUCUUUUGAGGUCGAAUUGGGUACCUACUUACCACCCAAUUUUGCAUGGUUUCAGCAGACGGGGGAUCUGAUGCACAAACGUUACAGGGCCCUAUAAUCCUUGUUAGCCUACAUGAAAGAAACAACAAUUUAGCUCACCAUCCUCGAUGUCAUAUUUUAGCUUCUGUUUAUCUGAAAUAAUGACUUGCUCUUUAUAGCCUUUACAAAUAUCCGAAACAGGGCAAAUCGAACAUUGAGGGCUUUGAGCAGUACAGGUGACGGCACCUAGCUCCAUCAAUGCUUGGUUGAAAUCACCCGGACGCUGUGGAUCUACCAAUGCAUUCGCUAAUUCCCUAGUAUGCGUUAGUAAACAAUGUUGUGAACAAUCAAAGUUCGUACCAAAUUAAAGUAUUUCCUUUUCCUUUGCUACAGUCACUAUGAAUGGCAAGGGUUCGACUCAAAACACGGAUCACAUUUCCAUCCACAAUUCCAGUAGGUUGCUUCCAUGCAAUACUCAAUACAGCACCAGCCGUGUAAGGACCAACACCAGGGAUAUCUUUGGCCCACUUUUCAGCACUUAAAGGGAUUUCGCUUGGUUUCAGUCCAGCUAAAUACUGACAGGCUUGAUGCAGUCGUUUGCAACGGGUGUAGAACCCCAUACCUGACCAUAAAGGCAUGACCUGUGUAUUGUAAUCGGCUUCAGCACAAGCUUUGAGCGUAGGAAGAGUUUCUAUCCAUUUAUUAUAAUAUCUCUUUACGGUUUCUACGCGCGUUUGUUGUAACAUAAUCUCUGAUACCAAAACUUCAUACAGCCGUUGUAUAGGGGUUUCCCAUUCGUUUAAAGGUGCGUCUUUGUGUGGAAGAUCGCAUCCUUGUUUUCUCCAUGGCAAUACGCGCUUUGUUUCCUCAUAAAAAUCUAUUAAAUGUUUUCGAAAUUGCUUUAUCUCGUCUUCAUUGUAGGAAUGUAAAUUUAAAGAAUGGUUAGGCAUCUCUGCAGCAUAUAAAUGAAA